UUGAAAGUGAAAGUAAGUCAACCGAAAUCCAGUAGCCUUCAGUCAGAUCUUUUGUCUAGUCGGAUCUUCCCCCUUGCCGAGACAACACGGUGUCCUUAUAGAGGAGCAUAUACGGUGAAUAAACAUGGCCUCCAUUGCUGUCCUCUUCUUGUUUUUCAUCGUUAUCAGGGCACAAGGUGAAGGACAAACUUUUAUAACAGUGGAAUGCAAGACUGGAAACGUGGGACAAUUUGGCCAGCAGUCAAUGCUGGACUGUGUUGUCAAAACCACACAAGUCGUAAAAGAUGCAACAAUCCUGGUGGUCAGUUGGGAGAAAAAGGAUACUGAGGCCAUCGUUCUGACUUUUGAGAAAGGAAAAACUGUUGCGCAGCCUCGCUUUAGAUUUGCUGAACCAUCCUGGAAUGAGAAGAAUAUGAACGUAUCCCUGCUCAUUACCAACACUACGUUGGAGGACAUUGGAGAAUAUAAAUGCGUGGUGAUGACAGACAGCGGUGACAGCACCAACUAUACUAACCUCAUAGUCACAGCCAAAUACAACAAACCAAUGAUACAUUCCAACCCAGAGAAGAUCACUAGAGAUGAAGAUGUCACCUUGACCUGUAGCUCUGAGGGUGGAUAUCCAAAAGGUCAACUUCGCUGGUUCGAUGAGCACGGCCAGGAGUGGCCAGAAAGCGGUCCACUAACGAUGGAAAAGACUAGCAAUGGUCUGUUUAAACUCACUAGCAGGCUGUCUUUGCUGAAAAGUACCAUUUUCUCCAAGUAUACCUGCAAAGUGUUCAAUGCCAGUGGCGUCAAAGAGGAUGAGGCCGCAUUGGAAAUACCUGAAAAUCCUGCAGAACAAGAAGGAAGGAAAGAGGUGGAUGUACCCACCAAAAUCGUCGCUCCUGUAGUGGUUAUCGGCUCACUGAUCGUAGGAAUGCUGUUGGUGCUGGUAUACAAAAGGCGGUCUCAACAGACCCGGAGGUUCUCUACAACACCCCUAAUGAGUGACCAUCGAGGGAUGACAUUUGAAUCAGCAGCUGAGGAAGGUGAUCAUCUGAACACACAGCACAAUGACAACGAGGCCUGAGGAGAUUCUUCAUGUCACAUGAAUAUAACUAUUUACUGGAACCUCUGAAAUCAACACUUCCUUGUUUGCUAAACUCCACUCGUUCAUCACACUUUUCUCAUUGCAAACAACUCUGUGUAUAAUCAUAAAUAACUUGUACUAUUGUGAUUGAUCACAGGUACUGUGUACAAAGUGUGUGUAUAGUAUGUAAAGAGGAUACUGACUUAUUUUUAAUCAGUCGGACAAGCAAGAGGAUAAUGUUCAGCUCCAGUGGUCACAUCAGAGGCAGUAUAUAACAUCUCAAAAUCCAGUUGGCAGGCCAAUUGAUGGCAAAUGGCAGUGAACCUCUGGUAUGCAUGGAAAGAUUUAUGGAGGAAAAACUUUGUUUAAAUGUAUGUGCCCACACAGUGACUGUAGACAUACCUGUAGUAACUUUGCUGGAUUGGCUUUCCUUCUCACUGAGUCCUCUCAUUAUGAAAAGAUUAAAGGGGAAUUGUUUGGAACAGGUGCUAGAAGUUGUGUAUGUGUGUAUAUGCGUAGUUCUGUGUGCACAUUUGGCUUUUGAGUGGAAGAUGUUACUGCUUUGAUUUUUUACAGAUUUUAAUUUCUGCUUCUUUCAAACAGGGUUUGUAAAAUAUGUAUAUAUAUCACAACCAAUCAAUCAACAUUUAGACACAUAACUUACAUUUUACACACACCACGUAUUAUUUUCCAAUAGCUAGUAAGUGACAAGUAGAGAUCAUGUGAAACACAAGUAAAGAUCAUGUGAAACAUGGAAAGAUGAUAAGUGUCUAUGUUGCAAACUUUCUCAAUGAAAGUAAGAAAAAGGAUAUGAAAUUUGUGGGGGUUGCAGUACAUGUUCUCAGGCAACGGUGGGUAACACUAGACUUAAAGUAAGACUGACCUUAUUAUUUGUCUCGAGGCUGAAAAUAACCAAAGUCUUUUAAAACCCUUCAAGAACUUCUCUCCUUGAGAACACGUACAAUAACCCCCACAAAUUUCAUAUCCUUUUUCCAAACCACUGAGAAAGUUUGCGAGAUAGACAAUAGCCAUCCUUCCACAUUUCACAUGAGCUAAACUUUUCACUUACUGUGUUCCUCUAAUUGUGACUGGUGUGUAUGUAACAUUUGGCUAUGCUAUACAGCUUCACUGCCAAAAAACACAUAGUCUUUGUGAUAUCAGAUUUUUUUUAGUUUCACUCUUACCCUCAUCUGAUGCCAGCUCUUACAGAAAGGAGGGGCUUUUUUGGUAAUGGUGGUUGAUAAUCACACACAACAAAAUAUCCUCUGUCUGUACGUAAUAUACUGUAUUUUUCCUUUCAACACCAAAGCAAAGUUAGGCAUGUACAAUAAAAUCUGCAAAUGUGCAUGAUUAAUCUAGGUGCAGUCCUGUGAUACUAAAUGAUCAGGGUUGAUCAUUAACUUUUGGGAGAGAGAAAAACAACACCAGCAUAUAAAUUUAGAGGUUUUUAAUUUUAACAUUUAUUUGGCAAAAAAAGAA